UACUAAACGCCAUCAAUGCCCAUGAAGGGUUUUGAAUACACGGGCGGGUGCAAUUUCGACAGCAGCGCUUUAUACGUAAUCGAUUCAAGAUCUUGUCGGUUUGUACCCAAACGUGCGCCACACGGUUACAAUUGUCGGAAUCAGGCAAAAAGCCCCUUUUCUGAUCAGCCCCCGGGCGAUCGACGAAAAAGCAAAGUUGUCUCAAACGUUGUCUGCCUCCGGACAAUAAAACGUUCAAGGAAACAGUAUUCCAUUAUUUCUUCUUCUGAAGACGAAAAAGAUGCUUGCGAACCGGCUGCCCAUGUUGACGUCAUGGCAAAGGAAGUCGACCAUAUCAAUUAUCCGCGGUUCAUCCAUAAUCCUGCCCUUCUAACAAUUCCGGUUGUCCUUCUGUUUGGCCUUUCUUUUGGUGUGUCUCAACCAGUAUAUACGGAAUUAAUUAAAGACAGGGUCUGCGAAAUUAUCCUUGGGUACCCUAAAGAGCUUUGCGAAGAUAACAAAUUAUCUGCAAAUCGCCAUGCCGAGGACUCAGUCCGGACGCUGGCAUCUAAUUAUGUGUUUUAUCGCAAUUUGGUGAUGAGUCUUCCUUGUGUUCUGCUGUCGCAGUUUAUCGGACAAUGGAGCGAUAAAUACGGGCGCAAAGUACCAAUGCUGAUGCCAUUUCUGGGGCUAUUUCUUUGUGGAGUAAUUCUACUACUUUGUGCAUAUCUCCCGAUACAUCCCAUGUAUAUGCUCUUUGCAUCUCUGCUGGCGGCGUGCUUGGGAGGAUGGAUGAUGUUUCCGAUGGCCUUGUUUGCAUACAUCGGCGAUUACACUAACGAAUCAAACCGGACUCUAAUCAUGGGCAUAGCGGCAGGAGUCCAGGCUAUCGGAAAUACAGCUGGAAUGUUAAUAGGAGGAACACUUUUGCACCACUACGGAUUUGCCGUUCCCUUUUAUUUAUUUUGUGCUCUUCAUGUUGCCAGUUUCAUCUAUGUAGUUAUAUUUGUAAAAGAUCGCCGAGAAUUUCCGCAACCAUUGACAUUUAAGCUCGAAACAUUCACAUCUUUAUUCAACUGGGCAAAUUUAAAAGAUAACCUUCACACACUAAGACGCAAACGAACUGGAAAUACCCGGCUACAUUUUGGCCUGUUGAUUAUUUGUGUUCUCAUCAGUGCCACCUGCAUCGACGGGGAGCCUCAAGUAUUCCAGCUAUUUGUGGAAUUCGCUCCUCUUCGCUGGAACGUCGAAGAGUUCUCUACGUUUACCGCAAUACAAGGUGCCAUAGCCGGCGGCUUAAUGCCCAUACUGUUUUUGGUGUUCAAAAAGAAUCUGGCCAUGAAAGAUACCGCUAUCGGUAUAAUCAGCAUCCUGUCGGCAAUUGUCUGCAGUUUCGGUUAUUCCCUAGCUCAUAAAUCAUGGAUCGUUUUUGUGGCUGCAGCGGUGGGUAUAUUGCGAGGUCUACAUGCUGUGGCAGCACGAUCCAUUCUAACCGGUCGAGUAGAGAAAAGUGAAAUUGGCAAAAUGAUGGCCAUUACCUCAUCCAUACAGGCAUUAAGUCCUACUCUAACCGGCGGUAUCCUGCUCAAUGUUUUUGGUGCCACAGCUGGAUUUUGGCCUGGAUUUUGUUUUGCUCUGUCAGCUUGGUGUUUUAUUUUUUCGUUGGUUAGUUUUUGUUAUAUUGAUGUCGAUCGGCGAAAAGCCCAGUAUGGGGAGAAUGGAAAAUAGCUCAAGAAGCGGGUAGGUAAUAAAUUAUAUUGAAGCGUAAAAUGUGAUAACUGAAUGUGAUAAUUAUAGAUGGCCGGGGGCAUAAUGAUAUUUUAUUUAAAUCUUGUUUCAUUUGCUUGCUGCUUUAUGUCUGUACACCGUACAUCACUUUCUAACCUAUUUAACAAGUUUACUCGCUAAUGGCGUAUUUUAAGCUUUAUUCUCAAGUUCUAACAAUCACUGCUGUUGCACAGUUAUGCUGUUUUAUUGUACUUAUUUUCGUAAAUUUCAGUUAAAUGCUGUGGCAUAAUAUAACGUAAAGUAAAAACUGAUGA